CACCACCUUUCUGUGUAAUUGUCAUUUUCAAUCAUUUAAUUUUGAAUUAAGUUGCCUUUUUGAAGAAAACGAUCACACUCCAGAACCGAUGCACGAAUUCCGGGGAGCAGUUUCGACUAUACAAUGUUAAAAUAAAUUGUAUUAUGAACUUUGUAACGUUAACGAAAGAUUUACUAUAGUACUUAAUUACUUAUGGUACUGCAAAUCCUUUAAGUUACAAUGAUAAAAUAUUCCAAGUAGAAGAAGUUUUAACAAACUUUACCUUAUAGUCCUACAAAUUUUUCAACAAUUGCCUGAUAAUGAUGAAUUCGAAAAGCUAAAGAAACUGACUAUUAUAAUUAAAAAAAAAAUCAAUGAAAACUGACUUUUACUACUCUACUAGAUGCCAACCAUUACAAAACAGUUUCAUGUCAAAUUUUCAAAAUUAAAAUAUUUUAAAAUUAGUGAAAAACGAGCAAAGCAAGGUCAAGCGUCUAUACCUAAAAUAAAAACAGAAAGAAAAAAGCAACAAGGAAAUUCCAAUGGUUAAUUUUUGUGUCAGCAAUUCGAAUAGUUUAAGAUAAAGACGACAGUGAAAUGACAAAAGACAUUGCAGAAAGAGUUAAACGUAAAAAGUUGUAAUCAUUAAAUUAUCAUAAAUAUUACGAAAUAUGAAUGCCAGUACAAGAAAAAAAAACACAACAGAGAAUUUAUCUCUCCUUCCCUCAAAAGUCUUAUAUGACACGACCUUUAAUACAUACAUCAUCUUCUUCAUUAGUCUCUCUCUCUCUCACUCUCUCGAUAUUCUCUAACAUGGAGAAAAGAAUGAAGCUCCGGGUUUCAAGAAUAGUCCGGUCAUCUUUAAGCUCUUGCCGACCACGAGAUCUAUACGACGUCGUUGAGACUUGUGCUGUUACUAGUCAAGCAACGUCUUCCGAGAGGUUCUUCCUUACCGAAGCCAAAACCAAAACUCCACGACCAAAGAGGUAUGCUUCUUCUUGCCCUCGUGCGUCACCGAUUUUCCCACCAAACCCUUUCUACGAAGAGAGCCGUUCAUUUCGAGAUUUAAGGAAGAAGGUCAAGACAAACAGGAAGCAGAGAUCGCAGUUUGGUUCUGACCCUCUCUUUGCCUCACGUUUUAAGUCAACCGGGUCUUGGUACUGGUCUUGUAGCGAGGAGGAAGACGAAGGAGACAAAGAAGAAAGUGAAGAUGAUUCUGAUACUCUCUUUUCUUCUAGAAGCUUCUCCUCGGACUCUUCGAAGGCAGAGAGUUUUGCGGUGGUGAAGAAGUCAAAGGAUCCGUACGAAGAUUUCAGGACGUCAAUGGUGGAGAUGAUUGUUGAGAGACAGAUAUUUGCAGCGGCUGAGCUACAACAGCUUCUUCAGUGUUUUUUGUCGUUAAACUCUCGUCAACACCACAAAGUUAUUGUCCAAGUGUUCUUAGAAAUUUAUGCUACCUUGUUCUCUCCCUAAUUUCUCUAUCUACCUUUUAACAUCUUUUGUAAAAGUACUAUGUUGAAUCUUGAAUCUUGCUUUAGUGUUUGGUUCUUUUUUCGA